CCGACAGACCAGAGACAUCUUUCUCUCUCCCUCUCUGUCCAAACACGUGGAGACAAUAGAGUUUUAACAGCGUGUCAUCCGUGUCCGAUCAUCAUCAUCAUCAGCAGAAGAAGAAGAAGGCAAAGAAGAGAGGAGCGACAUAAACACGGAGCGCCUGUUCUCCUCACCGCCUCGGCGACGCAGGGAGGAGACACGGAGGAGAGGAAAGAUUCCCCUAAACGCAGUGAGAGCCUCGGAUGAGGAGAAGAGGAGAGCGGAGGGCAUCGGAUAGACGACGGCGACAAGGAUGGCAGCACCGGACUUAUUGGACCCUAAAUCUGCCACUCACAACACUAAGCCCCGCCUCUCAUUCUCCACGAAGCCAAUCACGUUGACUCCCCGUGAGGAGAGUGAGGUUGUUGCCACAGUCAUGAAAUGGAAGACGGUGUCAGCCAUCUUUCUCUUGGUGGUUUUGUACCUGGUGAUGGGAGCAGCAGUCUUCAGGAUACUGGAACAGCCUCACGAGAGUGCCCAGCGCUUGGCCAUCCUCUCCCAGAAGCUGGAGUUCCUGUCGAGACACAACUGUGUGAACCAGAGUCAGCUGGAGGAGCUGGUCAAGCAAGUUGUGUCUGCUGUCCGCUCAGGAGUGAACCCUGCAGAGACACUGACCAACCACAGCAGCCUGUGGGACCUGAACUCUGCCUUUUUCUUUGCAGGGACUGUCAUCACAACCAUAGGUUUCGGGAACAUCUCUCCUCACACAGAGGGAGGAAGAAUAUUCUGUAUCGUCUACGCAUUGCUCGGAAUCCCUCUGUUCGGCUUCCUUCUGGCUGGUGUCGGGGAUCAGCUCGGCACCAUAUUUGGCAAAGGAAUCGCCCGUGUGGAGAAAAUGUUUGUGCACUGGAACAUCAGUCAGACGAAGAUCCGCGUCAUCUCCACCCUGCUCUUCGUCUUGUUUGGCUGUUUGCUGUUCGUAGCUCUCCCAGCAGCCAUAUUUAAGUACAUUGAGGGUUGGUCUGCACUGGAGUCACUUUACUUUGUGGUCAUCACCCUGACGACCAUCGGGUUUGGAGACUUUGUAGCAGGUGGGUCAGAGAUCGAGUACCUGGAUUACUAUAAACCAGUCGUAUGGUUCUGGAUCCUGGUGGGACUGGCCUACUUCGCUGCCAUCCUCAGCAUGAUCGGAGACUGGCUGAGAGUCAUUUCCAAGAGGACCAAAGAAGAGGUGGGUGAGAUCCGUGCUCACGCUGCAGAGUGGACCGCUAACGUCUCGGCAGAGUUCAAGGAGACUCGUCGGCGCGUUAGCGUCGAGGUCUACGAUAAGUUCCAGCGGGCGACGUCAAUUAAGCGCAAGCUGUCCACGGACCUUGGAUUUAGCCCCACCCCCGAAUUCACUCUAUCAAAGAGGGCGGUGUCAGUCAAUUUCAAUGAUGAACGGGACAGGAAGGAGAAGGAGGCCGGCCUGCUGGGCUUGACCACACCUCUGGCCAGAAAUGGGAGUUUGCUCAUGAACGGUUUGGACCCAGAGAGAGGUGAUUUUACAAUCAUUGAACACCUCAAGUAGAACAUGGUGGACAAACACCUUUCCGGAUUCUUAUGAGAUCAUGGAUGGUGUCAGUGCUGAGAAGAGAGAUACUCAACCAAAUGAACAGUUUAUAUUUAGUAAUACGGCACUUUGUGAGGUUUGAAGUGGACAAAGUGCAAAUCUGUCUGACUAUAGAUGUCUUUUUUUAAAGAACAACAAGCACAGAUUGGCUCUGUGAGGAGAUUUGUUAAACCACUGUCGUGCCUUAAACUUUUUACUUUGCCUACAAAACCAAGCACAACACAAUAGAUUUAGAAGUGGUUAUUAGCAGUGGUGCUCUCAUGUAUCUACGUGCUUAAAAUAAAUACUUAAGGACCAGGAUUGAGAAACACUACCUUAAUCUAACCCUAACCUAAAAAACAAUUCUAACCCUAGUCCUAAAACCAGGUCUUAAACCCAGAAAAAGCCCUUUAAAGAUGUGAGGACCAGACAAAAUGUCCUGACUGUAUGGUUUAUACACUUCAUGGUCCUCACAAAUACAAGAACACAUACACUAUGCCUUCUUUAAUCCCCCACCUUAACCGACAACUCUAACAAUAAAGGCAUGAAUGUUCUCACAACCAUAGAAAGACACACACACACACACACAAUGCCUGCUAUUGAAAAAGCACUUUGAUUUGACCACGACAACAUGCCUCACUAACCACAGAUCACCAGUCCAUUCAUGUGUGGUUGUUACGUGGCAUCAGUGGCGAGUACUCACUUGAACAAACUAACUUUUUAUGCCUUAGAUGUUUGCCUACACACAUACACACACGGCGAGUGUGAAACUGAAAUGUAACUGAAAUGUAACUGAAAUUAGAGUUUCUGUCUGUUAAAUUUGUUGCUGCCUAUUUUAUCUUGUAUAAGAGAUUUUUAAUUUCCUGUAUCUAAGGAAUGUGUUGUAUUACUAGAUAAAAUGACCACGAUGUGUCAUCGGAGAGAUGAAGGAAACAUGUUGAAUUCACUGCCAGUAUAUUCAGUUUAAAAUGUAGUUUACAACACAUUUAUGUGUAUGUUUUGUCAAAAGGUUUAGGAAUAAAGUGUAGCCUUAAACAACCUGAAAACACUA